CGAGCGUUCCGCUGGUCGCUUUUUCCAGCUGUUUCGUGGCGUGAACGAGUCAAACGCUUCCUAACAUCCAAAGCGAUCAGACGUCACCAGUUUCUCUCGGUUUAUAGUGGCACUCAACUUAUCACCCGAACGUGCGCAUCUCACGUACCAGAUAAGGACUAAUAUCAACAGCAUGGCCAUCAAUGAAUUACAAGGCUGUCUAGGCGAUGUCUGCGAGACGGGAGAUCAGCAGAAUGGUUCCAGUAGCUAUGCAGGAUUUUACUUUAACUUCUGCACCCUCAUCUCGCACGUUCUGCUAACUGGGAUCACCGUGGCCAUCGUCUACAAGUGCUUGGUCCUUAAGCUGGCGCACACGGCUGGACAUGCUUUCUACUGCACAAUUGCUUUUGUUUUCUUCAUGGGCGAGGCUUUGUUGGUGAGAAACAGCAGGAGCCUGGAGGCAUGGAUCGGACAGACCAACUUGAAUCGCUUGCAUGCGAUUCUGGGGCUGCUGGCGUUCCUGGUCGGGGUCGGAGGCAUUGCUAUCAAGACAUGGCAGAAGCUGGAACGGAAACGAGAAGAUCCCAACGCUACGGUACGGCACUUCCGCAGCAAUCACGGCUUCUUUGGCAUAGUCGGCUGUGCUCUUCUGCUUGGCAGCGUGCUAAGCGGUCUACCUCUGUAUUUCAUCAGCAGUAGCGUUACUUUGAAAUUCCUCCAUCGUUUCUUCGGCCUGAUCGGAUUCCUCGCAUUGAUGGUCUCGCAAAUGUUUGGCUAUAAUACGGGCUUCGGGCGGCGCCAAUGGAAACGUCACCACCAGAAUCUGUUCAAGUUCUUUACAUUUAUUGCCACCAUAACUACCUCAAAUUACGAAUUACGAAGAUUUUUACGGGAUAUAUUUGUCUUGAUAUCAAAUAGUCUCUUCCAGGCAGAGCCAGUACAAGCGAGAGAAGACCUUUAGGUGAACUUUUUGAAAGAAACGAUCUUUAAGGGUGCACUAGGACAUUUAGAACUGCGCUAUAAAGUAUUGUAGCUUUCUUAAAUACUUAACUAUUAGAUAGUAAAAAUAGAAAUAUAACUGGAAGCCAUCAGGAAAUGAAUAAUAAUUACAACUUCUUUAGAAA